GGGGGAAAUUAAAAAGUAAAUAAACGAACAGGAAUGUCAAAACACUCUGCUCAAAAAAGAAACAAAAUGGUUAUGAGAAAUAUAACCAACACAGGCGGUACUAACGAUAACGUUCAAGAUGUUGGAAAUUCGAUCAUACCUCGCUUUAAAAUAUAGAAAGAAUGAGAUAAAUUUAACAGUAGAGAGUCUGGUGAUCCAGCUCCUGGGGAGAGGGGUUUCCACAAGGGGGUGGAACUGUUGUGCGAGCACCCGGAGGAAGACGGCGUUGCACCCGCGACCCUGGGACCGUUUGUGCGAGGCCGCAGUUUCCAGCCGGCGGCAGUGGAGGAAGCGCAGGGCUGGUGGUUGCUAAGGGCCGGCGGGUUGCGGGGAAGGCGAGAACCAACAAAGGCCCGACGGAGGAGGGGAGAGGAGAGGUGGUCUCGGAGUCCGGCUGAAGGCGGCGGCGGCGGCGGCGGCUCGGUGUACAUCCGAGGAAGGUCUCCUCACCGGCUGAAUUGUCUCUGGUCCACGGGUGAAGUGCCCGAAGAUUGGAUUUCAGUUCGAAGGAUUGUUCCAGUGAUUACAGAUGGCUGUACCACAGCAGGCUGUGAGUUCUGGCCUCGAGGCGCAGCAAACCCUCCUGGCCACAGUCAGUGGAAAUGUACAGAAAUACGCAGUCAAGAAGAAGAAGAUUCUCAGUGCAGAAGAGCUAGAGUUGUAUGAGCUAACGCAAGCUGCCGGUAUUGUCAUGGACCAGGAAGUCUUUAAGAUAAUUGUGGAUUUGUUGAAGAUGAAUGUGGCUCCAUUGGCAGUUUUCCAGAUGCUGAAAGCCAUGUGCGCAGGACACCGAAUUACAGAGAUGUCUUCAACUGAGACGCCAUGCACAACAACACAGAGCAAUCUCGCAGACACCAGAGAGCAUUCGUUUAUCUCCGCAAAGAACAGUAAAAUCCCAGCACUCUCCUUUUCCUCUGCCCUUCGAUCUCCGAGACUAGCCACUAAGAUUGUGGUCUACAACCCUGCUGAUGCUUGCUCACCUCUCUCUCAAGGUCCCCCUGGUUCCUUCCAGUUUUCUUGCUGCCUGUUCUCACCCUUCUCAGCAAACUAUAAUAGGUACAAUAAAGAUGAGAAUUUGAAAGGCAGUGUGAGCUCUAAAGUACAGUCAUUCCUACAAUUCUGUCCAGUGAGAAAUAAAUCCAACACUGCCAUCAGUGGAGCACAGACACAGAUGGAGCGAAGCACCAGCCGUGAAGGAUCCAGCCAGCGGGUGCCACGGCAGCCUAGUGCAACCAGAGUCCCCAAAGGCAGUGGUGCUGGGAAAACCACAGGAAGUGGCAGCAGCUCACAAACGACAUCCAGUCAGUAGUCUAAAGAGUGUUUACCAUUUGAUAUAAAGAUGACAGCAUUGUUGGGCAGGCCAUGUUUAAAAUGGGGUCCAGAUCUGAUUUUUGAUUUGUUUCCCUCAUCUGUUGACUAUUUGGUAGCAAGUGAAGUCAACUGCCACUGGACUGGUGAGAUCCCUUUGGAUUUUUUAUUUUGGUGCAAGUUUGCAGGAAUAAACUUGGUUCUGUGACUGUCAUCUUUCUCACUAUAUGUGAGAUCUGGUAAUUCAGGAUUUUUCUUUCAUAUUUUAUAUUUUGCUACAAAAACACAUCAGUUAAGAGGUGCUGUUUGAACUGAAAAAUGCUGGCCAAUAUUGAGGUAAGUAAAUUCCUAUGCAAGUACACCAGAUGAAACUAGACAGAUAGGUGGAGAACAUAUUUUCUGCUUCACCCCGGACAUUAGUACUUCUUCCCCUUAAGUGUGAAAAUUACAUUAAGGCAAGUAUUGUGGACUAUUUCAUAGUAGUAGGAGUGGCCCAUUCAGUUCUUAAAGCCUGCACUGCCACUUACUUAAAUGGAGGCUGCUUUGUAUGAAUAUCUACUUACCUUCAAUUUUAAAUGGAAAACAAUAGGCAGUGAGCACCAAAAUCAUUAUAGAAUCCCUACAAGCCAUUCAGCCAAUUGAGUCCACACUGAACCUCUUAAGAUCAUGCCUCUCAGACCCACCCUCCAACACUAUACCUGUAAUCCUGUGUUUCCCAUGUCUAAUCCAGUUAGCCUGCACAUCCUUGGACGUUAUGGGCAAUUUAGUAUUGCCAAUCCACCUAAGCUGCACAUCAUUGGACUGUGGGAGGAAACCUGAGCACCUGGGGAAAAUCCAUGUGCCCAUUGAGAUAUUGUGCAGACUUCACACAGACAGUUGCCUGAGGGUGGAAUUGAACUUGUUUCCAGUUCUCUGAAAGAUUUGGACAAUUGCUGGUGUUCCUGGUCCUUUGUGCUGUGAAGCAGCAGUGCUAACCACUGAGCCACAGUGCUGCCCCAUGUGCAAUUAGUUGCCAAGCUCUUAGGGCUGAACAGUGAAUGACUAAAGCUGAAUCUUAAUUUCCUAUAUCCUCCUAUAAAACAUCACUCUGUUAGCAUGCAAAUUCACAAGUUUCACCAUAAGCAUACAUUGUGUUUAAAUUGAUAACCGCAACCUUGCUGCACAUCCACUGCUACCAAUCAAAGGUUGAUCAUGACACCCACAGAUUAGCAGAUCUCUAGCUACUUACAGUAAUCAGUUACCUGUUGGUGUAUAGUUGAAACAGUGCUUAUGAUGUACAACAUAUUUUGUGUGCAUAUAUCUUCCAAAGGCGAUACAUGCUCCAAAUAAACUACUUGUAUUCUUGUAUUUUGGAAA